AUGGCCUCUAACAUGGAGCUGGCCAUCGAUGCCCUGGAGGAGCUGCCCUUACGGAGCAGGAGGAGGGGGGAGGGCGAGAGAGUGUACCAGGCCCUGGAGCUCGUCCCGGACAGAGAGGGUCCAAUGCACAAGCUGAUCCAGAAACAGCCGGCUGUGCUCGGGUCGCUGCAGGUGGUCAGUGGUCUGCUCAGUGUGGGAGUGGGCAUCAUGGUGGCUGUGACCCAGGACAUCGACUCUUCUCUCUUGUCCCUGUUCAGAGUCCCAUACACCACCGGAGCUCUGUUCUUCAUGGCCGGCCUGGUCUCAAGUAUGUUGUUCAAAGGCCCUGAGUUAAUUCCUAUCUCCCUGGCGAUGAACUGCGGCUGCCUGCUCGUGGCCUUUGUCACUGCUCCUCUGAUCAUUGUGGACUUGUCUAGAUGGGACCAAAACAGUGAGGAAUAUUCAAAGAUGGAGGUGUUUGAACUGUGCAUCUUGGUGCUGGAGUCUAUACUCUCCAUAGUUCUGUGCGUCUGGUUCAUCAAAGAAAAGCGUACAUUUUCACCAUAA